CCUUAAAUGAUCCACCCGCCUUGGCCUCCCAAACUGCUGGGAUUACAGGCGUGAGCCACUGCACCCGGCCCCAGCGUCCAGUUUUCAAAGCCCCUCUGCUCAGCUUCCAGAGAUCCCAGGAAACUCUAAGUGGGAGCAUCUCGUAUCCCCACGAUGCGACCGGUCACAAAACACGGGACCCGAGACACUGAAAGUGGAGGCUUCUUGAUGGAUCAAGCUGCGCAGUUCUCAUACCGACCCGCGGCCAGGCUGUAAGACAGGUGGUCGGCUACAGACACAAUCACAGCCACCUUGGACAAGGACCCGUGAGCUGACAGCCAUUAAGCUUCAUAAACUGGUCCAAAUCUAACGGACCGCUACUGCCGGAAACGGAAAGUCCUCAAGGGCGGGUGUUGGAAGCAGAGCGGAAGCGGAAGGAGAGUACCGGAAACGGUGUUUGGUGGCGCACGCGAUGGCCGAACCUGUGUCUGUUGCGGCUGAAUAUCUCGCGGGCAGCAGGGCGCGCGCUGCACGCACAGUACUAGGUCAGGUGGUGCUGCCGGGUGAGGAGCUGCUCCUGCCGGAACAGGAGGACGCGGAAGGCCCUGGCGGUGCCGGGGAGCGACCGUUGAGCCUGAAUGCUGGAGCGCGCUCGCGGGUGCGCGUUGUAUGCGGCCCGGGCUUGCGGCGCUGUGGGGACCGCCUGCUGGUCACCAAGUGCGGCCGCCUCCGUCACAAGGAGCCCAGCAGUGGCAGCGGCGGCGGUGUUUACUGGGUGGACUCUCAGCAGAAGCGGUAUGUUCCAGUGAAAGGAGACCAUGUGAUUGGCAUAGUGACAGCUAAAUCUGGAGAUAUAUUCAAAGUUGAUGUUGGAGGGAGUGAGCCAGCUUCUUUGUCUUACUUGUCAUUUGAAGGUGCAACUAAAAGAAACAGACCAAAUGUGCAGGCUAUUAGCUCCAGACUGUGAAAUCAUACAGGAAGUGGGAAAACUCUAUCCACUGGAGAUAGUAUUUGGAAUGAAUGGAAGAAUAUGGGUUAAGGCAAAAACUAUCCAGCAGACUUUAAUUUUGGCAAACAUUUUAGAAGCUUGUGAACACAUGACGUCAGAUCAAAGAAAACAGAUCUUCUCCAGAUUGGCAGAAAGUUGAUAUAGGUGGACUUUUUUACAGGUCAGUUGAUGCAAAAAACUAUGGGUUUCCUGGGGAAUACUUUUUUCACGUGAACCUCUCCCCAUUUAAAUACUCAGAAGAUUAGGUGUGAAUGUAUAUUAUCAGAUAUAUUAUCAGAGUCCUAAAAUAUUUUUAUAAGUAAGUUACUGGUUUUCACCCACGCUUUAGAGAGAAAAUCAUUGCAAAAUCAUAUUUUCUGUUUCUGUACAAUAAAGUUUACUAAAAAACAGUAUUAUGGUAUAUUUGGAGUUAACUCCCUUAGUAUUGCUACAGCUUCCAUAAUUAACUGGAAGUCAGCAGUAAAAUAAUUUUCUGAUUAUAAUAGUAAGCCAGGUUCACCAGAGGAAAUGCAGACUACAUGAAAAGUAUAAAGCAGCAAAACGUCACCUGUAGUCCCAUUAUUCAGGGGGUGAGUAUAUAACAAUGAAAUACUGUGUGUUUUCCAUUUACCAAGUAUUGUGUUUUGCAUGGAUUAACUCCUUUAUUCUUACUAACUGCAGAAGACACUUAUCCUCAUAAUUGAAACGGAGGUACAGAAUUUAACUUGGCCUACAUUCUCUGUAUGUUCAUCAAAUUGAAAUUAUAUUAUAGCUUAUAUGCUACUUUGUAAUAUACUUUUGUCUACUUCAAAUAGCAUGAUACAUUUCACAACUUCCAUUAAAAAUUCAUUAGUCACAUAUUUCAUGUUAUAGGAUAUUUUUGAUGUAGUAUAUUUGAUAUAUUUUGAUAUAGUUUAUUAUUAUAUAAAUAAUGAGGAUUUCUGAAUCCAAAUCUGGCCAAGUCUUAUUUUGCUAAAAUCAUUUCCUAGGAGCUCAGCAUAGAAAACUCUUCUAUGCUAUUUAGUAUAUUAACCAAAACCUUUAAAGGUAAAAAGACUGCCGGGCGAUCCACAUCAGUGAUUCUUGGUUUCUAGACCUCUUUGAGAAUAUGUGAGAUAUAGAUCCCCUGAAGCCUAUCCAUAGAAAGUCCUUUUUGGAUGAAAGAGAUUAUAGAACUCAUUGUUUAUAUGUUGAUAAAGACCAAGGAGCUUUAUGUGUUCCUAAUGAUGUUUUCUGAGGACUGGGCGGUUUUUUUACUUCAAUAGAUUUUAGGGCUACAAGUGGUUUUGGGUUACGUGGAUGAAUUGUAUAGUGGUGAAGUCUGAGGUGUACCAGUCACCUGAGUACUAUAUAUUGUACCCAAUAUGUCGUUUUUUUAUCCUUCGCCUUCCCGGGUCUCCAGUGUCUUAUACCACUCUGUGCUUACCUGUAGCUUAGCUCCCCACUUACAAGUGAGAACAUUUGGUAUUUGGUUUUCCAUUCUUGAGUUACUUCACUAAGAAUAGCUUCUAAUACUA